GUUGGAUUCUAGAAUGCUUGAAAUUGUGUUUACAGAUAUGAAGAAGUAUAGACAGAUUUGAGUGAUAGUCACAUUGUAAAACUCUGAAGACCUUGACAUCUGAACAGCUCAUCAUGGGAAACAAAUGUGUGUCUGGGUGCUUUGUGUUGCACAUCAUUCUGUCUCUCCUGCUGCACCUAGCCGAGCUGGUGACAAAUGGAAUGCUGGCUUACUGUCUGUGGGUUAGCUAUGACUUAGAACACAAGUGGUUCAGCCUCAUCACAGGAAUCAUUAUAAUUCCUCUAGUCUUUGUACAGCUGUUGUCAGCCAUACUGCUCUUGAACCGACGUGGUGACAGCAUGACGACAUGUCAGUCCAUCAUCAUGGCUGUGCUUCACUUGCUUCAGAUGGGCUUCACGUGGAGACAUGUCUCAGUGAUCACCGAAAGAAACAUCUUGACCAAGAAAGCAGAUGUUGCUGAACUGUUCCUGUUGAGAAUGACAUAUGGUUUUGCUGCAGGAUUUCCCCUGAUGUUGGUGCAAGCGUACUUGAUUCUGGAGCAGACGCCAUUGUUAUGGCCGUGGAUUCUCUAUGCUGCUGCUGGAUCAAGUCUUCUGUCCACGAGCUGGGCCUUAGCCAGCUUCCAGAGACAACACGAGACUUGUGAUGCUGAGGACAUUGUUCUGCCGUGGCCAGGGAUGGUCUUCAGACUGCUGUGGAGGACAGGAGAGAUCAUCUCACGUGUCCUGUCUCUUGUCCUGUUCGCCACGCUCUACAAAGAGUGGCUGUUUCUCGUCAUCAGCCUGCACUGGCUCACCAUGCUGGUCUGUGUGUGUACAUCAGUGUUCAGUGCAGUCAGUGAGUCGGUGGGCAGCACGGCGUACAAGAUUUCCUUCAGAGUGUUAGUCGCUUACAUGUACGUGUUUACAUUCAUCAACUUCAGUCACGUGAAUCCCAUGUUCCGCUACAUCAUGUUCUACAUCAUAAUGUUUCUGGAGAAUGGGACCCUCAACAUAGUGUGGUUGUUGAAGUCAUCAUCCCAGGACACCGAAUCUCGCUACCUCAUGAUAUUCAUCUCUGCUGCCUCCUUCUUUGUGGCCAUCGUCUCUGUUGCAGUGUACUACAAGUUCUUCCAUGUGAGCAUCUCAAACAUUCCAGCAGAAGGCAAGUCCCUGGUCUGUGUUCAGAAAAGCUGCAUCAACUGCAAGCUGAGUCUGUGUGUGAAGCACAAGCUAAAGAUGCAGAGACCGUUCAGUGCUGGUUGGUUCAGUCAGUACAGCAGUGCGGUGUACAGUGGACAGUACUACAAGAACAUCCUCCACGACUCCCUGCUGGACGACACGUGUGAUUCGGAAAUGAAGUCCAUGAUGGGGGAGUCUGGGCUGACAGCAUCUAAAACAUCUGAAAACAGAAAAACACAACUGUCAGAAAGAGAAAAUAGUGACCAUGAAAAGCAAUCAAUUGUGAGUUUUCAGUCAGCAGGGACUUACGUGCAUCGACGAUAUAUCAACGUUGAUGAUACUGAGGUACUUGGUGAUACAGCUGUGGACAAUUCGUUGGAUUUUAAAGAACUGUGUUCACCAGGACAAGCUCAAGACAGUCUCUCAGAUGGAAGCAGUCUGGACAGUGGACCUCCGUGGCUGCCUCCUCAGCCAAAGAAAAAGUCUGUUUCCCAGACCUGUCUUCUCACAGAUCACUGGGACAGUCUGUCGGAUCUAGAAAUCGAUGAUUCCAACAAACGCAGGAGUCUGGCAUCUUGCAGGUCUCUCAUGAGGGAAAACACACACAACUGGUACUCUGAUGGGUACAGCACUGACUGUGGAACACUAGACUGGUCUAAACUUCCUGUGACAGUCAUUGGUAGGAGCCGACCUGUUGUGUCUGAUAGCGAAAGUGAAUAUUACUGUCAUUGUUCAUUCAAACUACCAAGCACAGUCAGGGAUGUCAAACUGAGGACACAGAAUAAAAAGUCAAGGAAUGGUAGUAGUCAGCCUCAAAAGUGUGACAGUUUGACAAACUCUGUGAAGGAAAAAUAUGUUCACUGGUCUAGGAAAGGAACACCAGUGCAAAGGACAAGACAUGAGGCAGAAAUCAGUGUCACAAAUAAUACAACAAAUACUCAUAAUAAUACAGGGCAGGAAGGUGAAGUCCUGUCUGAGAUUGGUCUUGAGAUCCAUCACACAAACAGAACAAAACCUGAUGAUUCAUUUGUGAAUGUCUGUGAAACACGUGGCAGGAAGCAACAUGAAGUUAAAAAAUGUCUGCCACUUGCUGGUCAUUAUACAGACAGGGAAACAGAGAACCUACAGAGGACAGAAAUGGUUGAUGGUGUAACAAGCAGUAAAAUGCGGACUGAAAACCAACACGAAAUGCAAAUCAACAUGUCUGGUGACUGUAAAGAAGACAGUUUACAAAUAAUAAAUAAUUUUGUUGCAGACAGUUUCUCAAACUGGUUGAAAACCCAGGAAGGUGUGGUGUUAUUCCCAAAGAUGGCCGUCACUGCGCCGGUCAUUGGAAGUCAACACAGCAGUUUCAAACCUGUGGUGAAAAACAAGCUAAGCCCACCAAACUGUGAUGAGAAAUAUAUUACAGAAACUUCUCUGUCUCCACAACAAGCGUCUGCAAUAACACGUUCCAAACUUUCAAACAGUGGGCACAAUGGUCAGAUGACCACAUUAGUUUUGAACACAUUUAACCUCGAUAAGCAUGCAAAACAGACUAGUUACUUGAAUCAGAAUGAGUACGAGGGUGUUGUGUAUGAAAACGUUGCCUUCGUGGAAGAUGAUGGUGUGUUUCUUGAUGAUCCUAUUCCAGUAACAAAGGAGACGCCUUGGUAUGUGUGCAGUGAAUCAGAGGACAGUGCAUUCCCACAGGAGACCUUCAGUUCCAGCAACUGUGAGGCAUCCAACUCAGAAGGAGAGAGUGAUGACAGUCUAGAACUCAUUAUAUAG